AUGUCGAGCAGCAGCCUUGAAGCAGCAAGUAUGGCCCGGGCCGUGGGACAUGAAUACAACAGGAGCAGAGUAUGGGCAGCCACACCUUUGGAGGCAGACUAUACGAUUGACGCCAAUAAUACUGGCUGGGUAGGCGAAACCCUAGCAGAGCUGAGGUCCGAUGCAUUUGCCAGUGAGCACAAAUUAAACGCCCGCACUAAAGUGACUGUCGAGCUGGCAGAAGGCACUUACAUGGGAGGCGUGAAGGAUGGAGUGGGAGGCCACCAUCUUUUUCUCCUCAGUGACCCUGGAGAAUCGCCAGAGACCAGACGGUGGCACCCGACAGAUCAAAAGCUCUCGUGGGACUUCAGCAAAGAGGGAGACUUUUUCUAUGCGCCCGACGAGCUGCUACCUGUGCGACGAAAGGAUUUCUGCCAAGUUACAGCAGUCUUCAGAGCACAGGUCAAGAAAAGUCCCUGGUUCAAGCGCGUGUGGACAUGGCAAGAGGGGCUCCUUGCCAGAAGCAGCAUGUUCGUAACGGGCAGCGACAUCCUGGACGGUUGGCAGGUGGACAACAUCCUCAAAGCCACCAGGCUCGCUCGGUGCAGUUACGGAGCUAAGAUGCCUAUGGGGGCCUCCCGGAGAUUCACUCUCAUGAAGGCUGCUGUGGCAACACGCCGGCGCACUGCGAGUCGGAAGCUUGACGAGCUGUUCGGGUUACUGGGCAUGGUGGAAGGCGGGGAGCGGAUGACGGUGCGGGCCGGACAUAAGAUCGAGGGGAACAACAAUGGCAUGGCCGUCCUCACUGGAGCUCCAAUGCCCAAGGGUUGCAAGUGGACGCGCGCCGAUGGCAAUGCCGAUGCUGGAUUCAAGCUGAAGUCAGAAGAAGGUCAAAUCUUGGCUUCAAGCAACAAUGUGGAGCUGACCAAACACCUGGAAAAACCAAUGUUGGUCGUCCUCCUGGAUGAUGUUUUGUCCGGCGACUGUUAUGGCACAUUUGCGAUGAUGGAAGAAACCGAUCAAAUGACUAUGCGCAGGAUUACAUCUAGUCGGUUACGGGUCGAGAGCGCAGGGUUAUCUAUGGAACAAGGAACAUAUGUGGUAGGCUAG